AUUCUUUCUAGCAGCUAGUGACAUCUGAUUGUAAACUGCUUUGAAAAUGCUUUUCUUAGGUUAAACAAGAGAAUAAUGAAGUUAGUUAUGAGGAUGGAUAGAAAAGACUGUGACUCCACCCUUUUGGCUGAAUCCCUAAACAACCCUUUUAUUGUGAUGUAUUUGACAUUGAACUUAUACCACGCUUGAUUUCACUCAUUAUUUUUCUAGUUUAGCUUCAAGCUAGAGAAGUCUUAUCUGCAAAGUUGAAAGAAAGGAAAAGCACAGUGAUCCUGUGUGGUUUUUUGUGACAGACGGAUGCUGAGCCUCUAACUCCACGGUUCCAGAUUAUUGAAUCUGAACUAGAAAUACUACUUUACUAGGUUUGCUGGGAUGGGUAAUCUUCUUAAGGUCCUUACCAGGGAAAUUGAAAACUAUCCACAUUUUUUCCUGGAUUUUGAAAAUGCACAGCCAACAGAUGGAGAAAAGGAGGUAUGGAAUCAGAUCAAUGCAGUCUUACAGGAUUCUGAAAGCUUGCUUGCCGAUCUUCAGGCUUACAAAGGAGCUGGACAAGAAAUAAGAGAUGCAAUACAAAACCCAAAUGAUAUCCAACUUCAAGAAAAAGCUUGGAAUUCAGUGUGUCCUCUGGUUCUGAGGCUGAAGCAGUUUUAUGAGUUUUCAAUUAGGCUAGAGAAAGCACUACAGAGCUUACUGGAAUCAUUGACCUGUCCACCCUAUACUCCAACUCAACACCUAGAACGAGAACAGGCUCUAGCCAAGGAGUUUGCAGAAAUCUUGCAUUUUACUCUCCGCUUUGAUGAGCUUAAGAUGAGAAACCCAGCCAUUCAAAAUGAUUUCAGUUACUACAGACGGACAAUAAAUCGCAACAGAAUAAACAAUAUGCAUAUAGACAUUGAGAAUGAGGUAAAUAAUGAAAUGGCCAACAGAAUGUCUCUGUUUUAUGCAGAAGCCACGCCAAUGCUAAAAACUCUCAGCAAUGCCACAACAUGCUUUGUAUCAGAAAACAAAACCCUUCCGAUUGAGAAUACAACAGACUGUUUAAGUACUAUGGCCAGUAUAUGUAAAGUCAUGUUGGAAACACCAGAAUACAGAAGUCGGUUCACCAGUGAAAAGACUCUUAUGUUCUGCAUGAGAGUAAUGGUGGGCGUUAUUAUUCUCUAUGAUCAUGUUCAUCCUGUGGGAGCUUUUUCAAAAACAUCAAAGAUUGAUAUGAAGGGUUGCAUAAAAGUGUUAAAGGAACAGCCUCCGGAUACAGUAGAAGGCCUUCUGAAUGCUCUCAGGUUCACUACAAAACAUCUGAAUGAUGAAUCUACUUCCAAGCAAAUUCGAGCUAUGCUUCAAUAGUUUCUUCUGAGACAAGUGAACUUGUGUAUUGAUCACAGAAGAUGUGUAUGUUUACAUAAUUUAAUACAGAUUGAUGUUAAUACUUGUAUGUUCUUCAUGUCACUGAAAUCUAUUAAUCUUAUUCAUUACAUGACUGAUUUUAUAUAGCACAAUCUCUAUUUACGCAUCAGCCUUAUCUUUUGACAUUUUACUUCAGCUACAUGCUAUAAUAGUCUGCUGUUUGUAUUUUAUCCAUAUAUGCUGCCUCUUUUACAAAAAUAAGCAGCAGUAAGGACAAAAUGAAGGUCAAAUAGACUAAACCAUAGGUGUGCAACCUUGAAGGAGAAAUUUUAAUAUGAAUUAAAAUAAGAGAUAUUGUCUAUUCAUUUUUACUGGGCCAUUUAAAACUAAAUUUCCAACUACAAAAGUUUUCCAUUUUUUUUUCUGGAGUGAAAGUCAUUUGACUGUUCAGUACCAUUGCAUGAGACCUAACAUAUUUUAUCAGUUACUGCUGAUUCUGGCCUGGCAGAUGACAACCAACAGAUUAUCUUGCCACAGAAGACAUUUUGUCUCUUUGGUUUAUUACGUCAACCUUGUCAUUCCACAGUGGAGAAAUUAAUAUGCUGUUUCAGGUUCAAUAUAUUUUCUUGUAAAAUGCAGUUGAAUACUGUCCUUCGAAUCCAGCAAGUUUGAUUAAUGAAACCUAAUGCCUGAAGCUUGGAGAAUAAUAGAGAAAUACUAACGUUCGUUAGAAAAUGUUUGGUCGUGUAGCUAUGACAAUGAACUACCCUAACAGGGAGACAAUUUAUACCAAUUAAAGAAUUAUUUUGCCAAUAUAGCUUAUGUGAGUUUCCCCAAAUAGAUUCUGAGGGUCUGUCUACACUGAAAAAAAAACAACCCACCUGCAUCUGGCCCACAUCAGCUAACAGUCUUAAAGCACAUGAGCUGCAGGCUGUAACAUUGCACUGUAAAUGUUGGGUCCUGACCUGGAGUCCAGGACCAUGUCCUCUCAACAGGUCCCAAACCCUGGGUUCUAACCCAAGCCCAAAUGCCUGCACUGCAAUUUUCUAGUCCCAAUCCCUGCAACGUGGGCCGGAUGCAUGUCUCUUGUUGUAGUAUAGACAUACCUUAAAUGGGCCAAAAGCAUUUUUGUUAGUAUAACUGUACUGGAGCUUUAUACUCGUAUAAAAAUAUUGUUAAGACUCUUACCCCUAACUGACAUCACAGCAAGUUUCUAGCGCAGACCUGGUGUCAGUAGAUCGGGAAUCAUACAAAGGAGAGUUUGACUGUUUGAAAGUUAGGCUAUUUGUGAACUCGUUUACAGUCAUACUCCUAUAUAGUAUUUUUUAUCAACUAAAAACGUGAAAACUGAGACUUUCAGUUGCUUACUUAGCCCGUGUUUUCACACAUUUGAUACUUUCAAGAAGUUGAGUUGUUCCUGUUGAAGGAUUAGAGGUCUUUUGCCAAAACCAGCAAAAUACUCUUCUGAAUGUCUGAGUGACUUGCAGCAGCUGUGAAUUUUCUAGUGAAGAGGAUCACAUUUUCAAAAAUGUGCACUAAAUUUUUCAUGCUUGGCUUACAUGUUUUCAUGUAAACUCUAAGGCAUGUGCAUAAAUCCUGACUUAUGUAUCUGUAUACAUUUGCAGUAACUGGAGUUUUCAUGAAUGUACUUCAGAAAAUGUCUCUCUUAAAUGUUUUGGAGGUGUAUUGCUAUGUACUAGAAACUGUACUGCACUGCUACAAAGCUAUUUAUCAAUGUUGAUUCCUAGGCAGUAUUUAGUUUGUAAAUUCCCUCGGGUAGGGAUUGCCUUCUGUUUUAUAUUUGCACAGUACUUAUUACUCUGAGGCCUCAAUUCUGAUUGAGGCCUCUAGAAACUAAUGUAAUACAGAUAAUAAUGCUUAUGACUGUAAUAUAUUACUGCUGCUGCUGAGUACUCAAAUGUCAUCAGAAACAGAAUAGAUUGGUUUGGUUUGGUUUUUCCCAGACCUAAUAAUGUCCCUAAUGUAUUUAAGACGUAUUACUGUUUAAUAUAGGGAUAUUUACCAAUGUACUUGGGGGGAGGAGGGGAGUACUUUCACCAUUGUCAGCUAAAUGGACUGCAGAUCUUGCAGUGGUCCUGGUGGAUUUUUUUAUUUGCUAAAUCUGCUAAAGUUAAUACUUGUCUAUCUGUAAUUAUAACUGUUAAACAUUAAAAUAUUUUAAGAGCCAAAAGAGUAGGGCCGUGUAGUAAAGAAAAUCGUAAUCCUAAAAGCAGUCUUAAAGUCGUGAUGUGCUGUUUGCAAAUGUCAAUGCAUUUCUUUGCCUGGUGUGACAGGGCUUUUUGUACAGAAGUUUGUUUGAAGUAAUAAAAAGUUUGGUACAUUCACAA